AUGCCACCAGUACAACAAUAUCAAUAUGCUCAUCAACCGUCCAACUGGGACAAGUUCAAGAUGGGAGCAAUAAUGGGAUCCACCGUUGGUGUUUGUGUCGGUGUUCUUUUCGGAGGAUUUUCCAUUUUGCAAAAUGGUGCAGGACCAAAUGGGGUAAUGAGAACUUUAGGCCAAUAUAUCUUAGGUUCAGUAGGAACUUUCGGGUUGUUUAUGUCAAUUGGUUCAGUCAUUAGAUCAGACAGUGAUUUUCAAGCUUAUCAACAAUCAAUGAUGUAUGCUCAACGAGCAAAAUUAAGAGCUAUAUACAGGGAUGAACAAUAA